GAAAGUCUGAUGUCACUGCAGGCAACCUCUGCCUCUAUACGCCGUCUUUUCAAAGAGACUCCCUAAACCCAACACCCGGCAGCUCACUGAAGUCCAAACAGCAAGAGCACAGUCACAUUGAUAGUGAGUGAGAAAAGGGAUAGAGUGGUGGUAGUGGGGAAGCGAGAGAGAGAGGGAGAGAGAGAGCGGCAACAGCACACUGCUUUCCCUUCCUCCCUCUUCUCUCUUAUCAUCCCACAUCCAUGCUGGGGGAGAUGGAAGGUGCCCUGACCGGCUGAGAGGCGCUGUCUGAAGGAGAAGAAAAUCUCGGGAAAAAAACAUCAUUUUUGCUCCUGUGAAUGCCUGGAUCCUUUUUGGGAAGGGGGGGGGACCAUAACUAACGGGGAGUGAAAGGAGGUGUGUAGAUACAAGCCUGCUAGAUCCAGAAAGGAGGGAGGAGGAUAAAGAGGAGGGGGAAGAGUGGCAGGUUUUGUACAGCUGCUGAUGCCAGAGUCUCAGAGUGAGACAGACUGAGGGGGAUCUGAGGAGUGGAGAGCUGGCACGUGCGGAGCUGUGUCUGCAAGUUGUGGGCAAAGAGCAGAGAAAACAGGUUCACAGUCGCACACAGCAGGACAGAUGAGGGGACAUCAAGGACCACGCUUCAGUCCUGGGUGUAUGGUGUACUGACCCUGCCUACCACAGGCAAGGAGUCAGAGGACCAGGGCCAUGACUGGCUCUCCUGGCCCUGGUGGGGGUGCCUUAGUGCCAUGGCCAAGGGUGUGGCAAUGGGUCCUGACAGCUUCUCUGGUUGCAAUGGUAACACUGAUGCUACCAGGAAGUGGCCAGGCCUGUCCACCACGGUGUGAGUGCUCAGCUCAGCUGAGGUCAGUGUCAUGCCAGCGACGAAGGCUCACCAACAUCCCAGAAGGCAUCCCCACUGAGACACAGCUCCUGGACCUCAGCAAGAACCGGCUCCGCUGGGUGCAGGCGGGUGACCUGGCACCAUACCCACGACUGGAGGAAGUGGAUCUCGGUGAGAACCUCAUCACCACAUUAGAGCCCAAUGCCUUUGCCUCCCUCCCUAGUCUUAAAGUGUUAAAGCUGAGGGGAAACCAGCUGAAGUUGGUGCCCAUGGGGGCUUUCGCCAAGCUGGGCAAUCUGACCAGCCUGGAUCUGAGUGAGAACAAGUUGGUGAUUUUAUUGGACUACACCUUCCAAGAUCUUAGGAGUCUGAAACAUCUGGAGGUGGGAGACAACGAGCUGGUUUACAUAUCCCAUAAGGCAUUUUCAGGGUUACUGGGGCUGGAGGAUCUCACAAUACAGCACUGCAACCUGACAUCCAUCUCUGGCCAGACACUGUCCUAUCUCCGCAGCCUGGUCACUCUUCGCCUCCAUCACCUCAGCAUUGCUGCCCUGGACGACCAGAACUUCCGCAAGCUCUCCAACCUGCGGGGUCUGGACAUUGACCAUUGGCCAUACUUAGAGUAUAUCUCCCCACUCAGUUUCCAGGGUUUGGACCUUCACUGGCUCUCCAUCACCAACACCAACAUCACCUCUGUCCCUUCCACCUCCUUCAAGAACCUGGUGCACCUCACCCACCUCAAUCUUUCCUACAAUCCCAUCACCACACUAGAGCCCUGGGCCUUUAAAGACCUGCUGAGGCUGAAGGAGCUCAUCAUGGUAAACACGGGGUUGAUGACAGUAGAGCCCCAUGCCCUUGGAGGCCUACGACAGAUCCGGGUCCUCAAUUUCUCCUCCAACGACUUGCAGACUCUCGAAGAGCGCUCCUUUCACUCUGUCAACAGCCUUGAGACCCUCAGAGUGGAUGGGAACCCCCUGAUGUGUGACUGCCGUCUAUUGUGGAUCCUGCAAAGACGCAAGACCCUCAACUUUGACGGCAGAGUGCCGGUGUGUGCAGGGCCGGUGGAGGUGCAGGGGGUCAGCCUCAGCACCUUCACCGAUUCUGCACUCUUCGAUCACUUUACAUGCCAGAAACCUAAGAUACGCAAUCGCAAGAUGCAGCAGGUGAUUGCUCGUGAGGGCCAGCCUGUGCGAUUUCUGUGUCGAGCUGAAGGAGAACCUCCACCUUCAAUUAUAUGGAUUUCCCCACAACGCAGACGGAUCACCACAAAGACCUUGGGGCGUAUUACUGUCCUGCCUAGUGGCACCCUGGAGAUUCGCUAUGCCCAGCUCACUGACAGCGGAACAUACAUCUGCAUUGCCAGUAAUGCCGGGGGCAAUGACACCUACUUCGCCACACUCACCGUGCGUGGCCAGCCACUGGACGCCGCCUCAGCCUUUUUUCUCAACCGCUCGCUCUAUAGCAGCGAGUUCUUUAAUGACACAAAUCUGAAUAGCACACGUGUUUUCCUCAAGUUCACCUUGGACCUGACCACCAUCUUGGUCUCCACGGCAAUGGGUUGCAUCACAUUCCUGGGAGUGGUCCUCUUCUGUUUCCUGCUGUUGUUCGUGUGGAGCCGAGGACGCGGCCAACGCAAGAACAACUUCACAGUGGAGUACUCUUUCCGGAAAUCUGAACCCGCCACUGGGGGCACCUCAGGAGGGACCAGAAAGUUCAACAUGAAAAUGAUAUGAAACAACGCAGCCAGGGGUCCUUCGGGGGAGGCAUGAGCACGUCCCAAAAACGUGUUUGACACACGCAAACGCACACAGCCACUGACUCGCAAAGAAGCUUGAAAGCACAAUUUAGGUUCCUGUUCAUGGCUCCAUUCAAAAUUGAGUGCCAGCAUUAAAACCAGAGCCAUGGCAUGACUUGCAUAAAUUUGUGAACGACAACAAAGUGAUCCUGACCUGUCUGUCUCAGUGGUUUUAUUCAGCAUGUGAUGAAAACACGUUUGAGUGACCCUAGAGUAUUGAUAAACUUCAUACAGCUGCUUGUCAUCCAUGCUUGAGGAGAAAAACAAAAAAACUAAAUUUAAGCACUAUAGGCAAUAAGAUGUGAAUUGAUCACUGAGCUGUGGAAUAUUGGUAGUCAUGUCUCGCAAUUAAUUGCUAAAGUUUUUUUUCUUUCCAUCAAAAUUUCCCUUUACUGCAUUCUCUGUACUAAAGGGAAAUAAAGGGAAAUGCGGAGACCUGGCUACCAUCCAUUUGUAGAAUUCUUAACUAUGCUCUUUAAAGUCUGCCUUGUAAAGAGUCAUGCAUGUGGAGUUGCAGUUGAGAGUUAAGUUGUAAAUUCAUACCACUGAAUAAAACACAUGGUUUUUAAAGAAAAUUUGAUUUUUUUUUUUCUGUAGAGAAAUUCAGUAUAACAGAUAAAUUUAUCUACUCUGACCGCAGCUCAACAGUGAGGAGAAUUAUAUUGGGUCAACUGUUUUAUUAACAUUAUCACAUGCCAUUUGUUGAAUGAACCAAAGCUUAGUGGAUGUAGAAUAUGAUCUAAUCAGACAAUCUGGUCAGAAGGAGUGGAUAUGGAUCAAUCAUAUGUCAGUAAGUCAAAUAAAACUUGAUCUGGCCUAUGCUUUGCAAACUUUUGCGACAUUAGCUGUGUGAGUUUGGGACGAGCGCACUAUCCGCGAGCUGCUGUGGCUGCCCGUUGCCCGGAGGGUUUGGUUAGGAAGUCAAGUGCUUCGUACACGGGCAGCUACAGGAACCAUAGCAACCAAUGCAGUAGAGGGCAAGGGGGACCAGGCUGGUGGCCAUGUGAGGGUCACUUGGCAGAAGGGGAGGGAAGAAAGAGGUCAACAUGUUCUCUGCUUGCUCUCCCUCAGAUCACAAGCCCAGGGACGACCCAGCAGCCUCCACCCUCGGUCCAUGCCCUCUGCUGUGUUGGUAGACAUCUGACCUUCACAGUGCUGCCAGGGGGGAGCAGCCUGGAGAGUCAGGUUAUACUCAGAGACAGAGAAAGGACACACAGUGACACUAUGGAGGUGUUCACAUCACUGACAUCGACACACUCAUCCAGGUCGUAGAAACCUCGCAUAACAACACGUGUAUAGCACCUUUUCUCAGGAGAAGAGAAUUAACGAGCCAACAGAGCAAAUACAAUGACACAUACUCUGCUAAAAUCUUACCCUUCCUAACUUAGCAAUACUGAAUCAUAAAGCCAAAAUCAUUCUCCUAGAGAGAAUCAACAUGUGACUGAAGAAACAAAGCCAUAGAAUGUAUGUUGUUGUUUUUUAUAUCCAGUAGUUGAUGUGCAUGAUUUAAUUAAUGCUAGUUAUUGUCACUGCCAUUUUACAAGCUGUUGUGAUGAUGACAAGACCAUCUGCUAUCACAAGGCUUCAUAGCGAUGGUGCCUCCAUUUGCACUAAAAACCACCAUCAAGAUUAAAGGAAGAGCAAACAUCCUUCACACAUGACUUAACAAACAAAUUGACGAUGCACCACACGAGUGAAACUGACUGAUCUCUCUCUGUCUCUGAGACGGUCGGUGUGCGAAUGUCUCUGCCCCCCUAGCCCAGUGCAUCCCCCCUCCUCACCCCCACUCCCCACCACACACCCCCACUGGGUCCUCCUUUGGGAGGGGUCCCUGGCUGGAGACCAAGGAAUUAAAAUGUAAAUGAAGUCGUGUCAACCCUACCCACGCCAUGUGCAUCGUAUAGUGGAGAGUAGUACUGUGGUUUCAAAAAACAAGAAGACAAAAAAGUUUCAUUUGAAGUGUUAUUUUGCCUCCUGUUUGUCCUCCAUUUUGUUUCACUCAUUUGUUGUUUACCGUGACCUUUUGGCUAUCUCCCCUUUUAGAGCUCCCUGUCCACUGUGUGGCACUGUUCUGUUCUCAAGGCUGUUCACAACGCACCCAAAACCAGGCAGAACAAAAUCUUUGAUCAAGAAACAGCUGUCUCCCAUCUGUAGAAGUUAAAUUCUAAGAGCAAAGGAAGGACUUUAUGCAGUGAUGCAGUCACUUCAGUAUGUUUACGUGAGAUUAGAAUAAAAAUGCAUAUAAACAUGUAAGUCUAACUGAAACUGUACUAAAUCUAAUUUCUCAAAGUCAGACUAACACCCAGAUUAUGCAAUUGGGAGUAAAACAAUGCAUGUAUGUCUCCAUUCGGACCCAAGAUGGACUGCCAACAGUUCCCACCCCCGGCUUUUACCUGGAAAUAAUAUAGGAAGAAGAAUAAGACAACAUUUUAAAGUUCAUCAAUGGCAAAAAGACUCAGGUCAGACUACACAUUGUAAGCAAGUUUAUAGCCAAUCCAACAGAUGUAGACCUGUCAACCCUGAAAAUCAAUAAUUUUAUUUCCAUAGUGAAAUGACGAUUAUUGAUGUUUCUAGUAGCCUCAGGACCUCCCAACUGAAAGUUUAGCAUGUUUGAUUGUUCUUUUCUUCUGCCUUCUAUGACAAGUUCCCUCACAUCAGUGAACAAUGACAGUUCAGAGCGCUCUGCAGAUACAAAGGUACAGUAAUACAAAAUGACAUAGCGAAAGAUGAGUGAUCCGCCAAGUGUUCUUUUUGAGGGUUGACCUUUACACUUUUCGUUACCCAAUACAGUGAGUAUCAUGCUUUGAACGCCAUUGUUUGUUUACAGUCUUCUUUCUAGGUAUUGUCUAGCCCCGCCCCCAUGGUCCAGCCCCUCUUCCUCUUAACAUCAUCAUGUCUUGAUGAUUGAUCGGGUCAGGAACCAUCAUGUGGUCUGCCAUGUCUGACGAUCAUGCGAUAUAGUGACGAUGAUAACAGGCCAAAAGAUCAUGUAGUCUGAUCUUGGCAUUAUUCAGUGUACAUUUUGAUUCCACCACAACUUUACAGAGUGUAACUACAUAAGGUUUACUUCAUUUAAAAGGGUCAUACUUUGAAAGCAUAAAUUCAUCACUAUUUAAAUAGCUUGGGUUUAACGGGUGAGCCUCAGCUCUCAAAAUAAAUCAUGCAAAUCCAUUCUUGUACCUUAAGAGAAAUGAUGAAACCCCAACUUCUGUGUCAGGAUGAAUAACUGAACAGUUGUUAAAGAUUCAUGGGGCUGAAUGAGAACAGAUGAAUUUAUUGUCCUGGUUUUUAGAUCACCAUUCACAGUGUCAGCGGCCAUUUUUUAUUUCGCUCAGUGUUGAGAACAGUACAUUGUCGUCAUGGACAACUUCCCUCUCCCACUUCAGGUCCCUCUGUGUUUCCAUUCCCCGGUAUUUGUCAGUGGAAAGUAGGUUUAGAGGACAAUGAGAAUGUCUAGUGAUUGUUGAUGGUGUUAUUGUGUAAGCAUCAUUCACAAAUGUAAGCAUAGAUGAUGAUGGUGUGUUUCAUUUUUAUCUUCUUCUCUCUCUCCCUCUUUAUACCGUCCUCUUCCCCCUCUUCCUGUUUCCCGUCUAUUUAACAUUUCCAACCCUUGUUGUCCCUGUUCACAGUAUUAGGCUGGAAUAUGGUUGUGUGGUAGUAGACACGUGUUCUGUGUGGUCAGUGAGUCAGUGUUGUUGUGUUAUGAUGUGUUGCUCCUCUUAGUGACAUCAAACAUGGAGCAGUGACCGGAUCAGUGGAGACAAAAGAUGAAAGGGGUGACCCAGGUUCCUAAAAAAAAAAAAGAAGAAAAUAAAACAAAAAAAGAUUGAACAUUGAUUCCCAUUUCACACCCUACUCAUUCCUGGAAACAAUAUGUGGAACUUUCCUGCUCUGCACAGUGCCACAAUGGGACCUUACUCUGGAUAUGAAAACUCCUGUAAUGUGACUGUAAUGUAUGUAUUUUUUCUUGUCACACUUUAACUAUGAAAUGUAGGAAGGGGGUGUGUGGUUGGAUUGUUGUCAUACUUUUUUUAACAAGAAGUUAGUUUACUCAUUUGAGGGUUUGAAAAUCAGCACUUUUAUCUUUCCAAGCUUCAGAAAUUCUUGAAAAUCUAAGGGACUUUUUUCCCCAACUCAUAAUGAAAGCUCCCAUCCAGCUGAAAUCAUCGAAACGCACAGCCGUCGCCUCAGUGAUUUUGACAGACACAGUGUUUGUAGAAAACCAGUGGAGCUGAGCCUGAUUCAUCGUCUCCACCAUGAUUCGUUAUAAUGUAGGCUAAGCAAUUCCCUGCUCCCAUCUGCAGCUCAUCCUUGCCUCGGGUUGGUGUGUCGUAGUCUAGACGCCCCAUUUACAGCAGCAGAAAUAUUAGGGAUCCCUUCCACUGGGGAACCUUUAAUAGUCACAACCCAAAAUAAAACAAACCUUAGGCUCCAGUCGUCAUGACAUCAUCACCAGCCAAGACUGUAUGAUUCUUUAUUAAGUUUACAAUAGCAUUUGUCUCAAUUUUAAAACUGCAUUUCUACAGCUUUAGUCUCCUGUCAUCUGUGGCUCCAAAUGAGCUCUAAAUGAAUCCAUCUCUUGCUCCACAUCAUACAGCUGCUGUUCUGAUUGGAUUAGACUUGAGUUGAAUUACCCAAGCUGAGAGGAGCGGUAAUGGGAUGGCGGAGAUGUUAGCUUGUCUGACUGGGUGAUUACUUGGCUUAUUAGGCUCAUUUCCAUAACAGACCACUCCAGCAACAGAACACGGGUGUCAUGCAAACACUGCAGGCUGGAUUUAUGGCGUUAAUUCACCUUUUCACAUCUGCUCAACAGAGAUGUUACUGAUGUCGAUGGUUUCCUUUAAUUGGCCACGAUAAUGCAAAUGGCUACAUUCAUGUGUGGUUGGACAUGUUGCAAAGCAUUGCUGAGGGAUUGUUUGAAGCACAUUGGACAGAUAACUGCUUCAUCUCAACCUUGACUGUAAAAUGCAAAUAACCCCCCCCCUUGUCCCUUUCUACGUGACAAUACUGACUCCCAGUGGGCAACUAGAGUAACAACAAAAAUGGGACCAUACCGUUUUGCUGAUCUGUGGGUGUCAUACUGUGAAACACUAAAGUGAGCAUAUUGACUGUUAGCUUCAUAUAGCUCAGUGCAUCACUGAUUUUCUUAUAGCCAUAGCGUGAUCUCCUCUCCACUCCGUGUGUUUUGGGAAAUAUUUUGCAUUCAGAUUCCCGUGUGAGGAGAGGUUUUUAUCAGAACAGGCCCCCGUUUGAUCAAAAGCACCAUUACAAAGGCCUGCUUUUAGAUAAACUGAUGGCCCCAAUAAGACAAACAGUAAAUCAUCAUCUAAUAUUGCAGCAUAAUUCUCUCUCUUUGUACGACUGUGAGCGGAUCAGCAAUUGAUCAGCUCCGUCAGUCCAGAGGGGGGAAAUUUAUUUCUUGUGGUAUUAUAGCAGGUUGAAUCUAUGCAUGCCUUUUGUACACACUGAUUGGUCUUGCCAAACUCUCACCUACACUUGUACGUAGAGCUAUGGGUGCCAUUGUUGGUGGCCAUGGGACUGGUUGAAAAAGAGCAAAGUGAGACUAUUGAUAUGCUUUGAAUCUGACACAAAUCAAAGCCAGAUGACACGGAUAACACAUGCAUUUACAAAUAUUUAAAGAGAGAGAUUCCCUUUGUCUAUUCAGGAUGAUUGAACUUGGGCACACGUCUAUAAAUACACCAAAGUUGUGUUCAGGUGUGUAAAUUAUAGAUAAAGUGAUUGAUAUUCCAAGCAGGAUGCAGGGAGUGAUCAAUGCUGUAUGGGGAUAGGAUUAUUAAUGACAUACUUACAUUGAUUUAUCCUGGACCUUGUCACUGUUCCAGAAUCCUUCUGGAGAAGGAGGAGGUGUGCAGAGCUCUUACAGACCUGGUUGGCACUCAUUCCUAGGUUUCUACCAUGCAUUUUUGAAGACAUUCUCAGUUUAAAAACGAGAUGGUGCCAUCUUCCAAAUUAAGUGUCCAGGUCUGAUCUCUCUCACCUUCUCCAAAGGGAACUUUCAUUGGUAUAGUAGCUCUGUAUUUGCUGGAAAACAAGCGUGUCUCUAAAAUUCGGCUGAGGUAAAUCCAUCCUCCCUCUGUCUCUGUGGUUUUCUCUGUCUCUUUUUCACUCUCUCUUUCUCUCUCUUUCAUACACUCUCUUUCUCUUUGUCUCUCUUUCUCUCUCGCAAUCAAACUGGCACUGACUCGUAAGACACAUUUUUAUCAAUCUCUUUUGUUUUUUUUACAUUCAUACGUGAUUGAAUGUAAAUCUCUUAUACGGCCGUAGUUGAAGUCUGAAACCUAGGAAUGAGUGCCUCAGUUAAAUGCAGAGCUACUAUAAAGACAACUUGUUUAAUUGCAUAGUGUCAACCGGUUCAAGAUUGAAGCAUAUGACUGACUCACAUUAUUGACUGUUAUACAGUAAGUAAGUAAAUUGGAGUCUCCCCCUUCACAAACAUGUGACUGUACCCUAGUCAUUGCAGUUAUAUUUUGGACGUGUGGAUCCUUGGAACUGAAGAACAGCAACUGUAUAUAUUAGGUCAAUUAGCCAUAUCACGUCAUCUAAUCUGUAGACCUCCUUGCCAUGUCUGACAGAGGAAAAUGACUGUUGAACUGUAAAUACUGUAGGUGUAGAAAUAUAGGUAUAGAUUUAAUUACUGCUUCUUUUCUCCAGGGAUCGCCCACGUUUUGCUUAGUCCCAUGGCUGCUCGGUCUCAAGGGGGAAAGAUAAAACAAUAAUGUACUUGUCUAAAAAGCAAGAGUUUUUUUUUUUUUUUUAUUAUUAUUAUUAUUAUUUCAAUAUUUGUUUUAUAUACUGUCUGUCUUGUAAAUGAACUCCUUUUCCGUCAUAAAAGCAUGAUGUGACCUGUG